GUACCCUAAAUGAAAUUGCAUUUUGGUUAAAAAUUGAAUAAGCCACCCUCAAGUUGAAAUUUUAAUGACGAAAAGACCUCACACCCGUGCACUCGCUAACACCGCAUUUCUCACCUUUCCGGUGAUUAUUGCCGCCACAACCCACCGUCAGCCACCAGGGUUUGGUUAUUGUUAAAGAAAUAUGUAGAAAAAUACGGAGACUAAAUCUGCAUUUUGAUACCUGUUAUGGAGGAGCAAUCAUUCUUUAGCAAGUUCCUUGUCAACCUUCGUUCAUCUUGCAAGUAUUACACUGGCUAUCCGAAGGAUCUUGGGCCGUCGAGGGUUAUUCACUUUACCUCGGAACGAGAAUUUGUUCAACUUCUUCAUCAAGGCUACCCGAUAGUUGUUGCAUUUACGAUAAAGAGUAACUACAGCAAACAUCUUGACAAAGUUCUAGAGGAGUCUGCAGCUGAGUUUUAUCCACAUGUAAAAUUUUUACGUGUAGAAUGCCCGAAGUACCCUGGGUUUUGCAUAACAAGACAAAAGAAGGAAUACCCAUUUGUAGAGAUAUUUCAUAGUCCAGAACAGGCAGCUGCUCAGGGAAGGGUUGCUGAUCCUAAUAUUACCAAAUACUCUGUCAAAGUUUUACCUUUCAACUAUGAUGUAAGUGCUUGUGGAUUUCGUGAGUUCUUCAAACGGCAUGGAAUCCGAUCUUCAGAUUCAAAUUAAAGGUUAUUCUUUUAAUUUCAGUUCAACUAUGAUGUAAGUGCUUGUGGAUUUCGUGAGUUCUUCAAACGGCAUGGAAUCCGAUCUUCAGAUUCAAAUUAAAGGUUAAGGAGUAUCGAACAUGGUAUUUCCUCUCUCCCGAUAAAAUGGUAUGGUUUUUACCUGCUGUUUUAGACUAAUUGCCCUCAUUUUUUUUGAAUUAUCAAGCAUGUACAGGAACAUGCUGUUUCCAGACGACAUUUGUUUUGCCUCUCCAAACUGCUUAAUGCUUAUUUGUUCUUUCCUUUUCUGGUGAAAAAUAGUCACAGUUUAUCUUUUGUGAAUUUUGUUCUUGAACGUUAUCAACAGUAUUAACCUUCUUAGGCGACACGAGUAGAAGAUGAAGAAAUUAAUGUGAAGCUGAGCUUAUAUUCAUGGGCUUCUCAGAGACAUGAAUAUCUUCGUUAAAGAUAUCAUGGAUCCAGUAGCUAUUAGGGAUGUUAUGACUCAUACAGAUAAUAAUAAGUGCGUUACUGAGUUAUGAACUAGUUUCUUGCACAAUUUGUGAAGAGCAAUGUUCUGUUUUGCAUCCAUUAUUAAAUACCCUUUUUGAAUA